AUGGACGAGGACGUUCUUUGGCAGCUCAGCGCAAACUUGAGCGAGGAGCCCGGCGGAGGACGCCUGCCCGCCACCUCCGAGGAGUGGACGGUGGACGCGGCGGUGCGCGGCGUCAUGAUCGUUUCGUACUCGCUGAUCGUGUUGGUGGGCGUGCUGGGCAACGGCGCGCUGGUGAAGAUCUUGGUGAGCUCCGGCGCCGUGCGGAGCGUCCCCAACAUUUUGAUCAGCAGCCUGGCAGCGGGCGACCUCCUGCUGCUGGUCACCUGCGUGCCGCUGGACGCCUUUCGCUUCUUUUCCGAAGACUGGCUGCUAGGGGAGACGGUGUGCAAGCUUCUGCCCGCCGUGCAGCUCACCUCCGUCGGCGUCUCCGUCUUCACGCUCACCGCCCUCAGCGCCGACAGGUACAAGGCCAUCGUGAAGCCGAUGGACAUCCAGGCAUCCGGCGCGCUGGCGCGGACGUGCGUGAAGGCCGCCGCCAUCUGGCUGCUGUCCAUCACGCUGGCCGUCCCCGAGGCCGUCUUCUCCCAGGUGGUCUCCAUGCAGGGUCAGAGAGGCGUGGAGAACGUGACUUUCCUCAACUGCGUGCCGUACCCUCUGUCCGACCAGACGCACCCCAAGGUCCACGCCGUCCUGCUCUUCCUGGUCUACUUCCUAUUCCCGCUGGCCGUCAUUUCGGUCUACUACUACCACAUCGCGCGCACCCUCAUGCGCAGUGCGCGCGACAUGCCGGGCGAGCUCAGCGAGCACACCAAGAAACAGAUGGAGACGAGGAAACGUCUGGCCAAGAUCGUGCUGGUGUUCGUGGCCGUCUUCGCCACCUGCUGGCUCCCCAACCACAUGGUCUACUUGUACCGCUCCUUCAGUUACCAGCAGACGGACUUGUCGCUAGCGCACCUGUUGCUGACGCUGCUAGCUCGAGUCCUCAGCUUCUCGUCGUCCUGCGUCAACCCGUUGGCGCUCUACCUGCUCAGCGACAGCUUCCGACGCCACUUCAACAGCCAGAUGCGAUGCGGCGGCGGCGGCGUGAGUCACGAGCGUCGGGCGAGCUACCUGCACAGCACCUCGCACAUACGUUUGACCUCCAUCAAAAAGGCCGCACCAACAAGCGGCAGCGGCAACCGCCAGGAAGUUUGA